GCCCAUCUCCGGCGCCGACAGACCCGUGGACAUGGCGAACCAGGUUAUCAAGUGCAAGGCCGCAGUUGCCUGGGAGGCUGGAAAGCCUCUCUCUAUUGAGGAGGUAGAAGUAGCACCCCCAAAGGCUCAUGAAGUUCGAAUUAAGAUCAUUGCCACUGCACUUUGCCACACUGAUGCUUAUACUCUGUGUGGAGCUGAUCCUGAGGGUGUUCCAGUGAUCUUGGGACAUGAAGGUGCUGGAAUUGUGGAAAGUGUUGGUGAAGGAGUUACUAAGUUUAAGGCAGGUGAUACUGUCAUCCCGCUUUACAUCCCACAGUGUGGAGAAUGCAAAUUUUGUCUAAAUCCAAAAACAAACCUUUGCCAGAAGAUAAGAGUCACUCAAGGGAAAGGAUUAAUGCCAGAUGGUACUAGCAGAUUUACUUGCAAAGGAAAGACAAUUUUACAUUACAUGGGAACCAGCACAUUUUCUGAAUACACAGUUGUGGCUGAUAUCUCAGUUGCUAAAAYAGACCCUUCAGCACCUUUGGAUAAAGUCUGCCUUCUUGGUUGCGGCAUUUCAACUGGGUAUGGUGCUGCGGUGAACACUGCCAAGGUAGAACCUGGCUCUACUUGUGCAGUCUUCGGCCUCGGAGGAGUUGGAUUGGCAACUAUCAUGGGCUGCAAAGUUGCUGGUGCAUCCCGGAUCAUUGGUGUGGACAUCAAUAAAGAUAAAUUUGCAAGGGCCAUAGAAUUUGGAGCCUCCGAAUGUAUUAAUCCCCAAGACUUCAGUAAACCCAUCCAGGAAGUGCUCAUUGAGAUAACUGAUGGAGGAGUGGACUACUCCUUUGAGUGUAUUGGUAAUGUGAAGGUCAUGAGAGCAGCACUUGAGGCAUGCCACAAAGGCUGGGGUGUCAGCGUGGUGGUUGGAGUAGCUGCUUCAGGUGAAGAAAUCUCCACCCGUCCAUUCCAGCUGGUGACAGGUCGCACAUGGAAAGKCACUGCCUUUGGAGGUUGGAAAAGUGUAGAAAGUGUCCCAAAGUUGGUGUCUGAACAUAUGUCCAAAAAGAUAAAAGUUGAUGAAUUUGUGACUGGCAACGUGUCCUUUGACCAAAUUAAUGAAGCUUUUGAACUUCUGCAUUCAGGAAAGAGCAUUCGAACUGUUGUUAAGUUUUAAAUUCCAAAA